GACCUCUCGCAGAAGCAGAACUCCACCGGCCUGGCGCAGCUCGCCAUGCGCAUGGCCUCCGUCGUCCGCGUCACCAGCGCCAGCGGCGACGAUCCCUUCGCGAAGAUCCUCGGCCUGAUUUCCGACAUGAUCGAGAAGCUGGAGGCGGAGGCUGCUGCGGACGCCGAGCACAAGGCCUUCUGCGACAAGGAGCUGUCCGAGAACGAGGAGAAGGAGGCCGACAAGAUCGCGGAGAUUGAGAAGAUUACCACGAAAAUCGACCAGUGGACCGCGAGGUCCGCGCAGCUGAAGAGCGAGGUGGCCGCGCUGCAGGAGGGGCUGGCACACCUCGCGUCGAGCCAGGCUACCAUGGACAAAAUCCGCGCGGAGGAGAAGGCACUGUACACGAAGAACCGGGCCGAGAUGGAGCAGGGCCUCGAGGGCGUCAAGCUUGCCCUGAAGAUCCUGAACGACUACUAUUCCACGGAGGACAAGGCGCACGUUGCCGCGGAGGGCACUGGCAGCUCAAUCAUCGGGCUCUUGGAGGUGGUCGAGUCCGACUUCUCAAAGAACCUCGCAGAGAUCAUCUCCACGGAGGAGGCUGCGGUCCAGGAGUACGACGAGACCUCCAAGCAGAACGCCAUCGACAAGGCCAACAAGGAGCAGGACGUGAAGUACAAGAGCCAGGAGUCGGCCAACCGCGACAAGGAGACAGCGGAG